CACACCUCAUCUUCUGGUCCUCCAGCAUAUUCUACCUUCUUGUCGCUCCAGCAGCCCUCGUUGUCUGCCUGAACUCUCACCCUGGUGGUCGGGAAAUGUCACAGAGAGGCCCGUGCCGCAGCAAGGGGGCGUUACGGGGGAAAAACAAUUGCCUUUAUUGUUGUAUUUUCACGCAUUUCGCGUUUUCUUAGUCUUACCACUAGAAUAAGCAUCAAAAACGACCACCACGCCGACCGCCAAGUCCGAUGGUGUAGCAUCCAGCGUAGACCGCUGUUCGCAUCCUUCAUCUGUCUCGUCUCGUAUUGCAAUCAUUGCCAAACAUGAAAAAUGAAACAUUUGCGCCCUGGGACUGGAUGCUCUUACCAGCACACCCCACUUCCACCAUGACACCCAGCAGAGGAUUCUGGGAUUGACACAAGCAUCACUCCCACUGAUGGCCUGGACCAGGUUUCAGCUGGCCUGCUGAAGCUAUGGGGAGCUGCUGGAGCUGUCUAUACAGAGACGCUAUCCAAGACAACCAUCUCAACAAAUUUAAGGUGACUAAUGUGGACGAUGAGGGGAAUGAGUUGGGCUCAGGAACCAUGGAGCUCACACAGACAGAGCUCAUUCUGCACACACGCAAACGUGAUGCCAUCCGGUGGCCAUACCUUUGCCUGCGUCGAUACGGUUACGAUUCCAACCUCUUCUCUUUCGAGAGUGGCCGUCGAUGUCAGACAGGACAAGGGAUCUUUGCAUUCAAGUGUUCUCGUGCAGAAGAGAUUUUCAACCUGCUGCAGGAGUUGAUGCAAUGUAACAGCAUCAAUGUGGUGGAGGAGCCCAUGAUCAUGACCCGGCCCGGGCAUGCACCAGAGAUGGACAUGCCUCGAACUCCACAGACACCCAAUACCCCUGCAUUCCCAAUGCAGGGUUUUCCUAAUGGAUUCCCAGGAUACCCAAUCAGUGCAGACUCAUCGCAGCCCUCUCUCACCAACGACCACAGACACAGCCUCAUGGGACUGGAUGACCAUACCCAUACAUAUGUGAAUACAGUGGGCAUGGAAACUGACCUCUCAAGCCGCCACUGUGUCCACUCCCUGCCCGAAGUGCGGCCCACCACCUUCCCGGAAACCUCAACUACCACCACCAUACGUGGGGGCCCAGUCCCAGGCCAGCCCAGCAUGCACUGUUGCUCCCUGGACGACCCUCACAAAGACCCUCAGGUCUUCCUCCAGCCUGGAGCCCAGGAGGUGAAGUUCAUGUUAGGUCCGACCCCAGCACAGCGCCACCUAAUGGAAAGAGACAGAGACCGCCACAUCACUCACCCGAUUCGAGCACCAGACGGCAGCUCCGAAACAGAAGGAGAGGAGACUCAGUCCGUACACAUGUGCAACACGCACUCUUACCACCAUUGUCAUCAUCUAAUCCACCGACACCCUAGCAUGGAGCCUUGCCCGGAAAGCCAGCUGACAUAUGAGAAUAUCAACGGACUCCGUGGGGCACGUAGGCAAAGGCUGAGUCCGAGCACUGUGUCUCAAUCUCAGUCUUUGGGCUCCAGUAGCAGUAGCAGCACCACCGGUGAUUCCCGCACACACACGCAUCCGCACUCCCUCCCGCUCACGCACACACACUCUUCCGCGCUGCCUCCACAGGGAUAUGGGUGUGACCGGGGAAUGGGGGUCGGUGGUCAUCGGCGCACCGCGUUGCUCAACUAUGAGAACCUUCCGUCACUCCCCCCGGUUUGGGAAUAUCGUGCGCUUCAGCGUGAGGAAGAAGAGGAUCAGGAUGAAGACGAGGAUGAGGACGAGUAUGAGGAGGAAGAGGAAGAAGAAUAUGAUGAGUAUGAGUAUUCCGAAGGGCCCACAACCCCAAAUGGAUACCAUCAAGAGAGUGGUGGCAGCAGUGGUAUUCAUCGUGAUGCCCUGCAGAACUAUGUCAACACUGAACAGGUGCGUCAACAAGAGCAUGAGCAAAUACAUGUAGAGAAUAUGCCAAAUCUAAUUCCAGGUUAUGUGAAUAAGUUAAAUUUAAUGGGACGUGGCAGUGCCACCUGCGAGCAGCACAGCCGUCACCCGCCUCCUCCUCCUCCAUCUCGCCAGCUCAACUACAUCCAGGUGGACCUGGAGGGUGAGCCCUCCGGUUGCUCGGGACAUGGAGGAGGGGCUCCGGUACCACAGAGACCUCCUCCCCUCAAACGUGGCAUGGCUGCCGCCGCAGCGGCUCCGUCUUCCCGCCGAGGAGAAUGCUACGCCGUGAUUGACCUAAAGAAGACAGCAGCCAUGUCCAACCUACAGAAGGCUAUCCCUCGGGAUGACGGCACCUCACGGAAGACACGCCACAACAGUACCGACUUGCCUCUGUGAGAGGGAAAAAGAGAGUUACAGGUAUGACAAGAAUACAAAUGAGGGAAAAUGUUCAUUAAAGAAAGUUUUGGUGGUAUUUUCCUCCCACCAUUAUAGUGAAGCCUCUAUUUUCUCAUUUUCUACACUCAUACCAACUGCUGCUUGAUGAAAUAGUAACUCCAUUGAGUAGAACACUGAACAUU